AUGGCAUUGGACAUCUCUCCUACUGCCGUAGUCUCGGCCCUUCCCCUCCUCUUUGGAUUGACUGGCACCAGCAUCGGCAUCUACAGCUUUGUGUCGCCCUACAACGCAAUCCGCCUUUUUGGUCUCCAAAACACAUCUUCCAAAAAGACCUCUUCAACGCAAUCCGAAGCUUUCCAGAAAUCCCUCAUCUAUGCAACAGGCCUGCGAAACAUUGGCACAGGCUUGAGCACGCUUGGUCUCUUCGCCUUCUGGCAGUUUUCCCCCAUCUGCCAAGUGAGCCCAUUGGCUGCGGCUAUCACAAAGAAAUGCAUGGGAAUCUGCUUCAUGUUUGGCACAUUGGUGGGCGUCGGCGAUGCCGUGCUCGUGCGGCAGUUUGCGAACAAGGAAUUCAUCAAAGACGAGGCGGAGGACAAGGCUACCAAAGCCAGCGUCAGCCAUGUUAUUACGGCUGUUCUCAUCUUGGCGACUGGCCUCUUUUUGUACCUGGAUUGA